ACAAUGAUCUAUUAUGCUGAGAGAAUAGGUGCCAGCCCAAAUGAUCCAUCAGCAAGCAAACAUACACAGUUUAAAAAUAUUCCCAUUGGGUUCUGGUGGGCUGUGGUUACUAUGACAACAUUGGGAUAUGGUGACAUGUAUCCUCAAACUUGGUCAGGGAUGUUGGUAGGUGCACUAUGUGCUUUGGCUGGAGUACUUACAAUAGCAAUGCCUGUUCCAGUCAUUGUUAACAACUUUGGAAUGUACUACUCCCUUGCUAUGGCAAAACAGAAGCUGCCAAGAAAAAGAAAGAAAUAUAUCCCACAUGGACCUCAGGCUGGUUCCCCCACGUUCUGCAAGAUGGAUCUUAACAUUGGAUGUAACAGCACACAGGUGGAUGCAUGCCUUGGUAAAGAUAACCGAAUGAUGGAACACAACAUGUCAGGUGAGGACAGUUCAGGAAGUGACCAACCCUUGUCACCUGGAGAAAGACACCCAAUGAGACGCUCUAGCACUAGGGAUAAAAACCGAAGAGCAGGAACUUGUUUCCUUCUGACGGCAGGUGACUAUGCGUGCAAUACAGAUGGCGGGAUACGGAAAGGAUAUGAGAAAUCCCGAAGUUUAAACAACAUAGCUGGCUUGACUGGCAAUGCCCUGAGACUGUCUCCAGUAACAUCACCCUACAGUUCACCUUGUCCUCUAAGACGUUCUCGAUCUCCCAUUCCAUCUAUCUUGUAA